AUGGGACACCAUCGUCCAGUUCCUUUAACUCCCACUGCGGCAAUAACCGCUAAGCUUAUGGAUACUCGUGCCGAGUUCCGUAAAACAUUUGAAGACAAUCUCGGUGUGGAAAUCUCCGAUAGUCUAGAGAAGGGUGUUUACUUUUUAGCCCCCGAUAACAUUACCGCAGAAGAUUCGUUAUAUAAACAAAUUCAAUCUGCCCUAAAAGAGGUUGUUGAUUCCGAUCCUGAAUUAGCUGCAAAAAUCAAAUCUGGGGAAGAAGAGUUGGAAACCUUAGAAACACAUGAGAAAGUCACGGCCCUUCUUCCACCUCCAAUAGAAUACGCAAAUACUGGAGAUGCUCAAGAAUCAACAUCUUGA